GUCACUUAAAAUGAAGUUCAAAAAUACCAUAUCCAUCAUAGCACUCUUGUUAUUCACAAGCUCCGCUGCUCCUCAUGAUAAGAGACCUACUUUUACCGGAGCUACGCUGUACGCUUAUGGCCAAGAUAUUUCAGGCUUGCCUGUACUCUUUGGCGACGCUGAUGCUGUUGUCAACAGCACUAUGGGUGGAGCAUUGUAUUUUGUCAAUGAAGAAUUGUCAAAUGUGGCAGCCGGUUCUGUGGAACCCAACAAUACUUUCCCUAAGAAUGCCAAAACUAUCAGUUUCUCCCUGUAUGGAGGACAUGUCAUUUACGUAGAUGAUAAUGGCAACUUCCUGUCUCCGUUCUGGGCAACGAUUACUUCGAAUGGCUUCUGGCAACUGACAUGAAAAUUAGACGGAGCUAGCCGAGACAGGAGUGUGUCAAUAAAUAUUAAAAGAUAAUUUUUCGGUUUCA